AUGGACGUAAGUGGAAAUUAAGGAAAAAAAUGGAAAUUUGAAUUUCGCGGGGUUUUUAUUUUUGAAACGACUGUGAGAGAUUUUUUUAUAUUAAUUUCAGUUGAAAUUAUGUUUGAUAAGAUUUCGGUGAAGCUGUAAUCUCAUUUUUGGUGGUUCAUUCAAAAUUUCCCUGCAGCCCAUUCUGCGAAGUUGACGGUCAAGGGAGAAAGAAAACGGAAUUUCCGGAGGGUCAGAGAUAAUUUUAAAAUGAAAAUGGAUGUUCGGUUUUUGAGAUGGGAAAAAACGGUAUUAUCAAUGGAAAAUUUCAAAAAAUCGUUUUUGAAAAAUUUUUUUCGAAUUAUUCAGAAAGUUGCCGUUAUUUCCGAGAAAAUCAGAAAAAUUAAUUUUUUUGUUCUGCGCUUACUGAGUUUCAAUAAGAUUUUUUUGACAAUUUAAAAUGAAGAUAGUUUUUUUAAUCUUUAAUACCAAAGUCGAUUGAAAUGUUGUUCUUUGACUAUUUUUAAAACGAGAGAUCAGUAUUCUUCAAAAAAAAUGAUUCCUUUCCAAGUUUUUUUUGGCUCGAAUUUCUUGAAAGAACCGGUCAAAACUGCCUUUUUUUAGAUUUUUGCAGAAAAUAAUUUUGAAUUGUUCCCCCUUUUUUUAAAUAAUUUUUUUCCGAAGCUGAGACUUGAAGGAUGAGCUCGAACUUUUUGCUCCUAAUCCUGGGAAUUUUUGGUGUAAAGCUCCAUUUAUUUGAUUGGAAAAAGUUUUUUUCGAAUUUCGUAAUUAUAAUUUUUUUGGAGCCUGCGUAGAGGUUCAAAAACCACCUUUGGAUUUUUUUGAAAACUUUUUAAAUUAUUUCUUUUUUUGAAGAAUUAGUUCAUUUUUUUCUAGGUACAACAGUAUCAAAAAAAGCCGACACCGAUCCAGGAUCAAAUAGCGACGGAUGAACGGGGAAAAACGGAGGUAAAUCAAGGCAAACUUUCAGACAAAAAAACUACAAAUUUUGAAGAUUUUUUUAGAGAUAUUCGGGCGUUUUUUUACAGUUUUUUUCGGGCGUUUUUAAGUUUUUUUGGGAUUUUUUUAGAAGAUAUUAGGAAAUAUUUUUAGGAUAUACUCGGGAAGUUUUAAGGAGAUAUCAGGGCUUUUUUAAGGAGAUUUUCGGGCGUUUUUCGAAAAAGUCGCCACUGAAGAUCCAAUUUUACGUUAUUCGCGAAAUAAUCGAAAACGAAAAACGCGUUAAUUUUGAAAUCCCUGAAAAAACUUUGAACAAAUGUUUUUUGAAGCAUUUUUAUGGCUCUUCGAAACGUUUCAAUCAUCGCAUUUUUUUUUUACAAAAUAAUAAUUUUUCCAGAUUUCAUGGAGCUUUCACUGGCGGCUUCUCAGCUGGUUAUUGGAACACGGUCGGAUCGAAACAUGGUAAUUGAAAUUGGUCUUUUGAGACAUUUUUAAUGAUCCUUUUGUAUAUAAAAAUGAAAUUCUCGAUUUUUAGAUACCAGUUCUUUUUUUCAGGUUUUUUUGUUGGAAAAAUUUGGUUAAAAAUGUUUUUUUUAGACUUUGUGUAUAGAAAUUUAACUGUUCAGAAUAUUAGGAGACAAGGUCUUUUUUUUAAUUUUUCUUGAAAUUUAAGAGUAAAAUAUGUUAUUUUGACGCAAGUUUUCUUGUACUUCCUGUAGAAACUUCUAAAAGAAUUUUGAUAAAAGGCAGAGUCGGAAAAGGUCCAAAAAAGGUCCAUAAAAAGGUUCCUUUUUUGCUGCCUUUUUGUGCCAUUUUCUCAGCCCUUAUGGACCAUUUUUGCUGCCUCUCCCUUUUUCCAACCUUUCUUGAGCCUUUGAAGUCCCAGAAAAAUGGAAGGCUCGAUAAAGUGGCCUUUUUGCAGCCUUUUUGCAGCCUUUUUGCUGCCUUUUUUGGACCUCUCCCAUUUAGCGGCCAUUUCCCAUUAUCCCGACUUUGCCCGAGUUAUCAAGACUUUUCUGAGAUAUUCUUCUUCUUCUUCAAAAAACCCUAAUGAAAAUGUAAUAUCCUUCAAAAUUCAGGUUGGGUCCCCCAAGUGUUCAGUUCUUCACGAGAUAAUCGCGGAGAUGAUAUUAAACAACGGGCGGAAGAUUUUUAUGGACGCCGAGGUAAAAAAAUAAAUCAAAAUAAAGACGGAAAGUUCAGGAAACUCCCAAUGAAAUUGAAGAUUUUUCAAAAAAAGAUUUUUAUGAAAAAAUCGCCUGAACCCUUUUUUCAAGGAGAACAUUUACGAUUUCAGAAUUUUUUUAAAUUUUAUUGAUUUGAAAAAAAUCUGUAGAAUAGCCAUUGCAACAUUUUUCAACAAGAACAAUCACGGUUUUUCCAAUUUUUUUCGAGGUCCUUGGAGGAUUGAAAAAAAUAAGUGGAAAAAGUCGAUUUUUAGCGUUUGAAAUAAAAAAAGAAGAUUUUUUUCCCUAGAAGCUCUCAAUAAAAUUGACAAUUUUCAAGAGGAUUUUUUUGUGAUAAAAUUAAAUUUACAGCUUUUUUAACAAGAAAAAAAUCGCGGUUUCGCGCCAAAAAAAGUAGAAAAAGCGGUUUUGACUUCAAAAAGGUUCCAAAUCGAAUUGAUGUUCUUAUUCAUAUUUUUGAACAAGAAUAAUAUUGAAAUUUGUUGAAAAAAAUAAAUUCGCGGUUUUUAAGGACCUUAUUACAUUUUUGAGAUUUUUGAAGGACUUUAGAAAAUGUUCAGAUUUGAAAAAAGAAGGAUAUUGUGCUUCAGAAAGAGAAAAUCUUUUUCCAGGACCUUGGCGAAUUCGGUAUCGGAGCGCGGCAAAUCAAAAGGACGGCGGCUUUUGGCGAAUCUCAAAGUGGUAUUCCUACAAAAAACCGGAAUAAAACUGAAGAGAAAUUGGUUAAGGAAAGGCGAAAUUCGCGUGGGAACGCGAUUCGACUUCAGUUUCUUCCAUUGCACAAAUGCUCGAGGCGAUUGUGAAGCCUGUGAAGUGGGUUAAAUUGAAAAUAUUUGAAACUAUAUGCUAAAAAAACUAUAUCAUAGCAAUAGUAAAGCUAUGUCGCGAGCGAUAUCGCGCGCGGUAUCGCAAAAAUCCUGCGCGAUGUCGCGUUCUGAAAAUUUUUCCUCCCAAAAAUCUUUGUUCUUCAAUUCAGUACAUUUUUCGUCAUGAAAUGCUCUAAAGUCUUUUGACACACUAUUCUGCGCAGAAUAAAUUUUGAAUUUCAGGUAAAAUAAAAAAAGUUUUUAACUGAAGGAACAAAUCUGCCUCUUUAAGGCAAUCAAUAUAUAUUUGAACAAAAAAUGGAAAAGAAGAAAGACAGUUGUUGAGUGAUAAAAUAUAGAAAUUUAGUGAAUCAAUCGGCUCAAAAAUGCUCCGGGCAAUGGGCUGGAGAGAAGGAAGGGGAAUCGGGUUGGCAAAUGUAACAAAAGCGAGGAAACGAGGUAAUUACGAAGAAGUUCUAAAUACAGAAAAAAUGUUCUGGAAAAGCUACCUAUGGACGCCAUAGCGUAUUCAAAAAUUAUCCAAUCCGUGAAAUUAUUUUUAGAAUUUAUCUACAGUACCGCUCAAAAGUGUAUUAAGUUUUGGUUUUUUGAGGAUAUCUCAGCGAGUACUUAUCCGAUUUAUAUAUAACUUUCAGGGAUAAUGUAAAAUAUACUUUGUAACAUAUACGGUAUACAAAGACAUGUCCGCAAUCACUGUGACGCGUUUUAGGCAUUUUUUAUUGAAUUCAAUUUUUUUUGUUUUUUAUGCUUUUAUUUUCAUUUAUUUUUAUUAAAUUUUUUAAAAGUAAUAAUGUUGCCAUAUGUUUUUUUUCAUGUUCUCAGACAUGGGAAGAACCUCUGGAAAAAAGGAUUUGACUGAUAACGACAAAAGAGCCAUCGUUGUGGGUCGUCAAAAUGGACUAACCAUGAUGACGUUGGCAGGAAUGUUCGGCGUGACAGAGGCGUGCAUUUCUCAGUUCCUAAAGCGUUGGAAAAAAAAAACCGUCCUCCACCAUGUUUCACAGUGGGUAAUUGGUAUUUCGGAUGAUAUCUGGACCCAAUUGGUCUACGAAAACACUGAAUUCCGUCACUCCCGAAGAGGAGGAACUUGCUUUCGUCGGACCACAGAAUCUUGUUCCAGUCUUGACGGGUCCAGUUGAGAUGCUCCUUCGCCCACUUCACCCUGGCGGCUCGAUUCUUUUCAGAAAUCAGCGGUUUCUUCCCUGGACGUCUUCCCAUUAUUCCAGCAGCAUUCAGACGUCGUUUCACAGUCGAGACGGAUGGCGGAGAUGGCGAAUUCAAGAAAACUUCCCGUCUGAUCGCAGGGGCGGUGAGUCUUGGAUUGGUUCUAGACGUCUUCAAAAUGUUUCUAUCGUCAUUACGAUCAGUGACACGUGGUCUUCCAGUGCGUUGGCUCUUAGUAGAGCCAUCUUGAGCUUUCCAACGCUUUAGGAACUGAGAAAUGCACGCCUCUGUCACGCCGAACAUUCCUGCCAACGUCAUCAUGGUCAGUCCAUUUUGACGACCCACAACGAUGGUUCUUUUGUCGUUAUCAGUCAAAUCCUUUUUUCCAGAGGUUCUUCCCAUGUCUGAGAACAUGAAAAAAACAUAUGGCAACAUUAUUACUUUUAAAAAAAUUUAAUAAAAAAAUAAAUGAAAAAAAUGAAAAGCAUAAAAAAAACAAAAAUUGAAAUUCAAGAAAAAAAUGCCUAAAACGCGUCACAGUGAUUGCGGACAUGUCUUUGUAUACCGUAUAUGUUACAAAGUAUAUUUUACAUAAUCCCUGAAAGUUAUAUAUAAAUCGGACAAGUACUCGCUGAGAUAUGCUCAAAAAAACCAAAAACUUAAUACACUUUUUGAGCGGUACUGUACAUCCUUUUCGUUAGCAGCUAAAGUGAGAAAAAUAAAAUUCGAAAAAUUUUUGUUUUUUGAGUUAAACACGAUAUUUUUGAAACGGGGACAAAGAAAAGCUGUAUGUGAAAGUCUAAACUAUUAAAAAAAUUUUUUCUAAUUGAAAAAAACAUUUUUAAGGUGGAGACACUGAAGAAGCUGAAUACGAAAGGCAACAGGCGAAAAACAUAGCCCCAGAGUAUCAAUUAGGCCAAGAAGAUGUGAUUGCUCAUCAACUGCAGCCUCGUGAAGGCCUUCACGGCCUUGGUUAUCAGGUUUUCCGAGAAAGAUCGAGAAAAAAUGGGCAAUACUUCGAUUUUGAAGGGCUUGAGACAUUCUACGGCGCUGGAUGAGAAGUUUGGCCGACGAGAAGCGGCUUUGAAGCUGAAUAAGAAGAGUAAAGGCAUCCGGGGACAGGUGAGAGGAAAGUUCACGGAAUUCGAGAAGUUUUAACAAAAAAUGAAAGAUUUCUAGGGACACCAGAGUGGUCCCUAGAGCGGUUAGGGAGAAAAGGCUUCCCUAGAGGGGUAAAAUUUAGGUUUUCCCUACAGAUUCAUUGUCUGAUCUUUAAGAUACUAAAUCUCAAGUGGUCCCUAUAGGAGUUUAGAGUUCAACCCUGAGCUCCUAGAGCUUGAGUGACCCCUAUAGUGGUCUGUCAAUUUUUUUUUCUUAUUUGAAAGUUCAAAAAAUCUAUACUGACUACUAGCUUGCUCCUCGAAAUUGGUCACUAACUAAAACCCCAAGGGAACUCAAGAGGGCUUCUGAAAUCUCCCCUCUAGGGGCCUCUUUGACGUGUUUAAAGGUGCAGAAGUCUAAAAUAACAGUAGACGAUAAUGGUUUCCAUAAAGUGGUCAUUUUUUGAAGCUUUAUUGGGCCCUGUGGGACUAGGCGAAGUGGUCCCUCAAGGGAAACAUUCAAGGGUCCUUUUGAAGACCCUCAGAGAGAGCUGGAUUCCGCGACAAACUCGCAAAUGAGGGAAAAAGUCUUUUGAGCUCGCCUUUCAAAGCCUCACAGGAUCCUUUUCGAAUCUUCUGGAACUUUUACUUUCUGUAAACUUCUACAGGGACCUCCAAAACUUUAGGAUAGAUUUUUAAAAAAAUUAUUCACUGAUAACAGUUGCAAAAUAUUUAUUAUUCUCAUUAAAAACCUGCGAAGGUGUUGGGAGGGUUACCUGCAGAAGUCAAAGGGACUGGAAACUAGAAGGUUUUGAAAAAAGAAAGUGUUCGGAAGGUAGUUGGAAGAUGAAAAUGGAAAAUGGCUGCCAGAAGCCUGCUGGAAGGCUUCGGAACAAUUCACAAAUUGGAAUCCAUUUUUCAAGGCUUUCGGCGUGGGCGUGUUCGAAGAAGAUGACGAAAGUGUCUAUACGAACUACGAUUUGUCGGAAUUCGACUUCUCGCUGGAUGUUGGCGGAAAACCGCAGGCCAUCGAAGACGCGAAGAAAAUCGACGCGACUUUCAAGGAGCAGAGCAAGGUAAAAAUGAAAAAUAUUCAAAAAAGGACAAUUUUUCGCGCAUUUUUUUAAAUUGUUGUGAUUUUUUUGGGAUUAUCUAUAUGUGGGCUGACCAUUUUUUUAAAAAUGCGAUUUCAGGUCUGAUUUUUUUUUUAAAAUUUUUUGAAAUGGUUGAUAAGCUAUAUCCUGACCAAUUUUUAGGCUGUUUGAAAAAUAUUCAGGGAUUUUUCCUCACAGAGGGGCUCAGAAAUUUGAUUUUUUGGCUUUUAAGCCAUCCGUAUUUUGGGUCAAUUUUGUCACUCACAACUUCAAAAAUUCAUAUCUCGGCUCAGCAGACUUAUAAUCGGGUAAAGUAGAGUGUUAAAUCGUUUUCAAAGUGUCUUUUUUUAUAUAGGACCACCUGGUACCCUAAAGAACUCAUAGGGCUCUCAAAAUAUCGAUUUUUCCUUAUUUAUCACUUCGACCGAUUCUUAGACUACUUGAAAUGUCUUUGAGAGAGUUUCUUAGGCACAAAGAUGCUUUAAAAUUAGAUGUUAACCCCAAAAAACUCCAGAUUUCUGCAAAUAAAUUUUGAACGCCUUUAUUUUCAUCGUUUGGAAGUGGAAAAAUGCGUUUUUUUUUCGACUUCGUGCCUCGGUUUUCAUAUAGAAGAAGAGAUUUUCAGUAAAUUUGUAUCGUGGGAGGUUAAGAAAAUUUAAUGAGAAAGGGGAAGGCUUCGAAAAUAAUCAGAAAGCGAUGAAAGUUAAUUUUAUCAUGAUGGGAUCACUUUUGGAAAGCAGCCAAAGUAUGGAAUAAUCCCGGAAUUUUUGGCUUUUUCGAACCUUUUUCGAGUUUUUUUGAAAUAUAGUCACUUCACCGCGACUUGAAACUGCUGCUUUUCUCUGCGCCCUCCUCGUCUCUCGGCGACCCUCUCAUGUUGUCAUGCUAUUUUCAUGUCUCUCUGACCUCGCCGAUGAGGGAACAGAGAGACGCAGACACGCGAAAAGUGUCGCGGCGAAUGGAUUAUGAAUAAGUUCUGAUAAUUCAGCGCCUGAACCCCCGAAAGUUCUACCCGCCGCCGAAGCUUCCGGCAAAUUUUCGGCCCGAACACAAGGUCGUUCCGAUGGAUCUGAAGCGACUCCCGACGGCGAUUCAGAAGGAGGCCAAAAAUAUGACGGCCAUUCAGAGGGCGAAGUGAAUAUUUUUCGUUGAAUUCUGGUCAAAAGUUUCCCACUUCUUAGGCCGGAGUGGUCCCUAUAGAAGUUGGGGAAGAAGUAGCCUCUCAAGUGCCCCCUAUAGGGGUAAAAUUUCGGUUGUCCCCCCCAUGGAGUUGAGAAUUUAAUCCCUAAAGCUUGAGUGGUCCCUAUAGGGGUCUCAAAGUGUUUUGUUCUGAUUUGAAAAAUGAAGAAUCCUAUAGAAACCACUAGCAUGCAGUGGCCGCUUACUAAAAACACUAGAGUGACCACUUUUGCAAGCUUUAGUGCCUCCUUUAGUGAUCUCUUGUAGGACUUUUAGGAAUCCCUAAGGUCGCCCCUCUAGGGACCACUCUGGCGUAUAGUUUUUGUAAAAAUUGGAAAUUUCGCAGACUCUUAAGCAAAUUUAUAGCGAAUUCCAAGCCCAACAAUAAUUUUUUCCUACAGAUUUCUCGGAGAAGAUCGAGUGUCUGUCCUGGAGUUGGUCAGUGACAAGGACCGAAAGAGACUGGGAAAGAAGAGUCGCUGGGACGUUAGAGGAGGCGAGGAGGACGAGAGAUCGUUCGACGAUGAGAGGGACAGACAGCAGAGGGUUCGUUUUGAUAGAAAUCGGGAAUUUUGAAUUUAUUUAUCAUCAUCAUCAUCAUCAUCAUCAGUUUAUUCAUUUUACAAUAAAUAAAACAUUUCUAAGGGCCAUAAGACCUCUUAUCAGAAAAGUAUGACAAGGGAAAUUUAAAAAAAGACGAAAUAACAUUUUAAAAAUUUAUGAAUUUUUUAAGGAAAAAUAUUCCCGAUUUUUUAUUUCAGAACCGAAUUGCCUAUCCGGACGAACCAAUGAAGCAGGCUCGAUUCAAAGAAUACCUCCUUUAUGUGAGGAGAGGCGAGUUUUACAUAUUUACUUGGUUUUCAUCACUCUUAAAUUUCAUCUCUUCUAUACAUUUUGUCAAUCACUCUAACAAAAGUUACGGUGCACCCCGCGUCGAACCCCGGUGCACCCCGAAGUGUACCCCCGGAAAGGGAAGGGGGGAUACUCCGUUUAGCUCUGAAUGCCUAUUAAGGUACUUACUCCGUUCGAAGUUUCGAAGUUUUUUGUUUCCUGAUAGAACUAUUUUCUACAGUUUCAUCUCAAGCUGUUACGGUAGUUUAGAAAACUAUUUAUUUCUGACCGGUUGCCCCAGGGGUGCACGCCAUCCAGGUCCAACGCGGGGUGAACCGAAACCAUCAACGAAAAGUUCACAUUUUACGGGGUACACCCAUAUUUUUGUUAGAGCAUUUGUCACAAAUAAUUAAAAAGGUUUUAUGUCAAGUCCAAAUUUUCAGGCUUACCGUACCCCCAGCCGACGGACAUGUCCGUCUGGGAAUGGGAAUCCGAGAAAAAAGAUUUCGAAGCCCUGCUUACCCAUGAAGAACGUGCCAUGCUUCCGGAGGUACUGUUUGAGAAAGAAAAAAUAAUUUUAAACAAUCGAAAUAUGAUAAAAUAUUCCUAAAACCAGUUCUGAAAUGCGUAUUUCACUCAAAAAAAUAGAUUUCGUCAUGUAAAAUAGACAGGACAAGGUUAUUUCCGGACUGAAAAGCUCAAUGAAAAAUAAAAGUUAAAAGUCUAUUUUUCUAUUUUUUCUAGGUCCAAUCUCGUUCCCAACCCCUGGCCAGGAUAUCCCUCGCCGCGCCGAUCAAAGAGCUCCUCCAUAAUAAAUUCGUCAAAGAGUCUGGUGGAGAUCUGAAGGUUUAAAAAAUAGUGAAAGAAAUAAAAAAUGGAUGGUCCCAGGUCGGAAAGAAAGACGAGGACAAGUUGGCUGCAAUCAAAAUGGGCAUUUUCGGGGACAAGACGAGAUCCUCGUUUCAGUGGUUGGUUUUAAUCGGAGUUCGAAUAUCUUAAUAUUUUUUGUAGUUCGCACAAAAGCUUGUAAAAGGAGCCACUUUAGGGGAGCAUCCUAAUAAUACCUAGACGUCUUUUUUACUUUCAAAUCAGAUCAAACAUUUAAAAGACCCCUGUAGGGACCACUAAAGCUAUAGAGACUCAAGUUCGGACUUGUAAACCCUACAGGGAUCCCUCAAGCUUGCACUAGAGCUUGCAGAAGGGGCCACUCUAGGGGAGCAUUCCUAGACGUCUUUCUUACUUUCAAAUCAGAAGAAUAAGUUGAAGGGCCCCUAUAGGGACCACUUAAGGUUAAGGGGCUUGAGGAACAAACUCUAAACUUUUAUAGGGACCACUUAAAUUUUAGCCCUCUAGGGAGCACUAUUUGGCUUCUUUUCAGUAACCCCUAUAGUGAUCACUCUGUUGUUUCUGAUUUUUUUAUUAAUUUUUUUUGUUCAAAUUUAAAAUGGUUUAACGCGUCGCGGUUGCGCGGCGGUUAGGCUCAAAAUUAAAAAAAAAAACUUGAAGACCGCAACGCAGCCGUGACGUGUUGAGCCAUUCCCUAUGCGACCAAACCUUUCAAGGAGUUUUAAGGCCAUUUUAUCGUUUUUGUACACAGAUUUUUGAUUGCCGAGUUAUUUUUCAUUAAAUUUUCCGUAUUUUAGGCAAAGAACCCCAUUUUCUGAACAAAUCAUUUUUCAAGGUAUCCGGCGAAUGGAUUGGCCAAAAAUUUCAACGUCCCGAAUCCCUAUCCCGGCGAGAAUUUGGUCGGCGUGCCGCAGUUGCAAAAAUUCUCGACCAAACGCGAAAAUUUGCUCAAUUUAGGACUUCCCAACACGGCGACGGAGCUUCGGGCAAGGUAGGUUGGGGAAAAAAAAUUCGGAAAACUAUUUUUAAAAAAAUUUAAAGAAAGAAAAAAAGUAUAUACAAAAAAAUUUUUCCGAAUAUUAUCAUAUCGUAGUUAAUUUUUUUCAGAAAAAAACAAAUAGUUGAAAAAAUUUUUCAUGGUCUUUUUUUGCAUAUUUUCGGAGCAUUUUUUUCAGGGUUUUUUUCGAAUUUUUUUAACUGUUCUUUUUUGGAGUCUCAAUCUUUGAAAUCUUCAUCUUUAAUGUCAUAUUUUUUUGUCCCCUUGUGUAAAAAAAUAAAAGGAAUAUAAAAAAAUUGAAUUCAUGGAUUUUUUUCAAUUUUUUUCAAAAAGUGUCCUCAAUUUUUCCACAGCUCUGUAACUCAAAAACUACGAAGACUGGUCAUUUUCCAUAGUUGAACGGAAAAAAUUUAAAGUGGUCUAAUUUUUGAAAUUUUCUACGUGCAGUUUUAAUACACCUGUCUCGAUUAAUUUUGUUCUUUUCAUCUCAUUUUUCCUUCAGAGACGAACAGCGGGCCAGGGAUUCCAGCAAAAUCGAUCGGAAGGUCAAAGAAGAAGACGAAGAAGCUGGAGGAGAAGAUGAAGAUGAGAACAAGGAGAACGAGGAGGACACCGAAAAGGCCCCGAAAUCCUUCUUCGACAUCUUCGGCGACAGUGAUGAGGAUGACGAUGAGGAGGAGGAGAAGGAGAAAUCCGAAAAACCCGGACCUUCUACUGUUCCUGAAGUUCAAAUCGAAAGCGAGGAUGAAAAAGAGAAGGAGACGGAAAUAUUGCCUGAAAAGAAGGUUCGUUGACUCAAAAAAGUGAAGUUUAAAACGGUAUUCUCACAGUAGUUUGCACUAGAAAAAUGAUUUCUUGGAUAAAAAAAGGUUAGGAGAAAAUUUUUAGACCCCCCUCUACUGGUUGUUUGCCCCCCCCUUCUCCGGAUUACGGGACUCCCACCUUGUCCGGAUCAUUCCCCCAUCUGUUGGUUUCUCAGAGCCCCCCACCUCGGCCGAAUGACCCUCCCUCCCCCUAUGGUUGUUCGGGCCUCUACCUUGUCCGGAUCCCCCGUUCAAAAAGUAACCCCCACAUUCCAGAAACGCCCCUUGCCGCCCUUCCCCCUUAUACUGGUGGGGGCUUUUUCGGGCCUCACUGGAAUGAUCUCAAAGUUGAAAAAAAAACUUCAAACUGAAUUUUUAUGCCCUGAACGCAUACGAGUGAUAUUGGAUGAGCUCUAAAGUUCCAUUGCAACACUCUAAACUGUCUGCGCCCUCUUUUCUCUCACAGAAACAUGAAAAAUAGCACAAAAAACAGAGCAUUGCUGUGAAAAAUCAGAAUUCAAUAGAUGCCACAUUAUUAUUUUUUUAUCACUAACUUUGAAAAUGAGAAAAGUUUGCUCUAACGAACUGUUCGAAAAAUAAAAAAACUGAUUUUUUGGUUUUUUCCAACUCUCAAACAUGAAGUGUUAUGCGGCGUUCGAAGUGAUUUCUGAAAUUUUUGAAUUAUUUCUGACAGAAAGAAAAUAAAAUUCCAAUGUAAACAGCUUAAAAGAAACAUUUUUUGGUUCCCGGUUAAAAUUUUGAUGAAACUUGACUGGAAUGUACUUUUUUUCUGGAGUUAGAUAGUCCCAAAGCUUCCUUCUGCCAAUUUCCGUCAAAAAUUCAACCGGGCUUCAAAAAGUCCCCCUUUAUCAGAGUUUUAUGAAAGUCUAAAAGCAACAGAUCUUAUUUUGUAAUUUUAGGUCAUGACUGUGAUGGAUCUUCCCACCAGCUACGGCCCAAGUAUCCCCUCCAGCUUUGAACAGAACAGUAUGUUCACUCAACCUUACCCUUGAGACACCUUUUGAAGGUAUACCUGCCUUCUCGGUCCUCCGGUACCUGCAAGACGACUUGAAAAAGCGAAGAGAGGAGAAAAAAGCAAAGAGGAAGAAGCGGGAACAACGAGAGUCGGAAAAGAAGUCCAAGGUAUUAAGUGGCCAUUUAAGAGAUUCCUCGAGGACUACUUGGAUAGGACACUAAAGUGGCCUCUAUAGAAGCCACUACAGUAGUUUUUAGCGGUCUAGUAGUACCACUCAGGCUUCUGAAAAGGCCAUCAAGUUGUAGCCACUUAAAUGAUCACUUAUUAGCCUACUACAAUGUCCACUGAAGCUUCAGAACCCUAAAGUGGCCACUGAAAAUUUCACCUUGUAUUUUUCUAAAAAUUCGAGGCGAUUAAUCCAUGCCGUGUUUAAAGAAAUGCCCGCGAAACUCGGAAAAUUUUUCAACUUUUAAAUUAUUUUUUGCGCGUAGAGAUGCGUCUUGAGUGUGACAUUGCGUCGUUGUGAAGGAAAAUGAGUGCUUUACGACCGAAAAAUAGGAAAGCGACAAUUAUAAUAUUCGAUUUUUGUAUAUUUUUUUUAUAAAAAUUGAAGAAAUUUUCCCGUCUUCUUAUUUUUUUUUAAUGGUUAAACUGCACAUUUUUCAGAGUUUAAACAGAGAAAACAAUAAAAAAGCUGUUUUUUAGAUCUAUAGAAUUUUGUUUUUUUGUUAGAAAUAUAAAAUGAAAGAAUAAUUUUUCAAAGAGGUUUUCUUAUUGGUUUUGAACAAAAAAUUCGAUGCGAAAACGGUUCAAGGUACCUGUGGAAAUUUCCAGUGCCCCCUUAAGGGUUUUGACGUUUCAGUGGCCACUAUAGUGGUCGAAUAAGUGACUAAAACUUAUUGGCCUUUUUGGAAGUCUGAUUGGUACUACGAUAUAACGAAAAAUACUUCAGUGGCCACUUUAGGGCCCUCUACAAGUAGUCGUUGAAGUGACCAUUAGAGCAUGAAAAUCGCCAGAUUUUCGGUUUUCUCGUUCGUCACCAAAAGCUUCAUAACUUGGUUCGAAACCAAAACUUUUCAAAAAACUGAAUUUAUUUCAUAUUUGGACAGUCUGCUCUGUAAGAUGGUAUAGGAAUCGACUAUCCUAUUUUUUUUUUUUUUUCGAAAAAUGGCUUGUAUUUUUGGCAAUAUUUCAACAGAAAACCUUGUUUAUUAUAAUUUUUCAGAAAUUCAAGAAGGGAAAGAAAGACAAGAAAGAAAAGAAGAACAAGAAGGAGAAAGAGAAGAAGAAAAAAAGUCGAAAAGUCACAAGAAAAAAAGAGGUCCAGCUCUCCUUCUUCCUCGUCGUCAUCAUCCUCCUGGGCUUCUGA